AUGGUUGCUCAUACCUUGACGAUCGACGAUAAUAAAGUGUCAAUGCUCAAAGACUUUAAUACAGAAUUAAACUUGGAGGUGCUCUAUGCCCUGUUGCAUGGCUUAUACACUGGAAUCAUCGCUGUCACCUUGUGGGUAUAUCUUGGAAACAUACAUCCCAGCAAGAUCAUGAUCAUGGUCAUUAUAUCCCUUUAUGUCUUGGCCACGAUCGAUUUCACCCUCAUCUGGUCCAUUGGACGCUCUGCAUUCACGGUCAAUGGAAAGAGUCUCGGGGCCGUAUUUCUGGCAGUGAAUGGUCCUGCCACAACAACACUAGCGACGGGUAUAACAGCUAUUGUCUCUGUAAUCCUUGCCGACUUUACCACGAUUUGGCGUUGCUGGAUGGUGUGGGGACAGCGCUGGGUUGUCGUCGUGUUCCCUAUAUUUUUCCUGCUGUCUGGAAUUGGUUUCAAAAUGAUCGAUGUACUAAAACGAUUCAUCAACGCAACGGACUAUAGACUUGGUGUGAAUCUAUACUCGUGUUUGAUUCUAGCGACGACGUUAUGGUGCACCUUUUCUAUUCUCUAUCGCAUUUGGACUGUACUAGGACGGGCUCAUGGUGGUAUUGGAAUAUACUACCGUGUCAUAGAAGUCCUUGUUGAAUCCUCACUUCUCUAUUCGGCAUCCUUGAUCCUAUAUCUAGGCCUUUUUGCUCACGACAGCUCGAAUUCGGCAUUAGUCUACUGGGACUCGGUUGCGGCAUUUGCAAGGGGUGUUGCGCCGACGCUUCUUGUCGGGCGCAUCGCGGCAGGACACGCGCGACCGGAUGACUCUUGGAGCGAUGCUUCUUCGACAGGGAAUAGCACUGGGGGAGAUGUAUGCGAUCUUGAGGCUCAGACAGAGAAUACUGGGAUAGGUGAACCCAGCAGUAUAGUCGGCUCGGAAUAA